GGGCCCCGGCCGAGGGCCGCCCUGCCCUGCCCUGCCCUGCCCCGCAGCCCCGGGCACCCUAAGGAGCAAGGGCCGGGCAGCGCCCCCCGGGCAGCCUUGUGCUGCAGCAGGGAGCAGGGCCUGGCAAGGGUGCGUUGGGGCGCCAGCUCUCCCGAGAGCAGCCCCAGAGCCCCCCGUCCUGCCCUGCCCCAGCAGGAGCACCGCGCUAGGAUUUUUCCGUAGUGAAAAAAAGCAAAAAACAAUCCCCGUCGAGCUGCAUUUUCCAAGGGGGCUUGAGUCUAAAACCCGUGGGAGCGAGCCGGGCGCUGCCCCCCGCCCGCGUCAGUAAAGCAUACCCGCCCCCUGUAAUCCGUGUCGCUGCCUCUCUCGGCGCCGCGGUCCCUUUAAGAGGCGGGGCCGCUCCCGCCCGAUUGCGGAAGUCAGUGGGGCGCAGAGCGCUCCAUCCCCGCAGGGUGGGGCUGUGGUGGGGGGGCGCUGCUGCUCGGCCCUUGCCCCCGGCAAUGAAUGAAGUCGAGUCUCGCGGGGCGACAAGCGAGCGGCGCAUGGAGCGGAGGGGCAGCCCAUUGCCUCUAGCGGGGCCUGGCCGGACGCCCAGAAGUUUAGGGCUGGAAGGGGCCUCGUGGGAUCAUCGGGUCUAGCCCCACUGCUCUCUCCUGCCGAGUCUUCCCUGCCAGCCCGCAGUGCCUGGUAGGGCUCCGGGCGCUGGGUCCGCUUGGGGGAGGCAGGGGUGUCGUGUGUGCGCACGCCUGUGUUCGCCCUGGCUGAGAAGCAGGGGCGGCCCAGACGUGUGGUCCCAAAGCAGCAGCUUCACUUGAUGCACAGAUGGUGAAUGAGGCGUUCUGCAGAACGCGAGGGUGGCAACCCUGCUCAGACUAUAGACCACGUAACACUCUGCCCUCUGUACAAAUUUGAUCAUGAUAUUGCAGAGAUGCAUUCCUUUUCCUCAGGAGUACUGGACUGGUUAACCUUAAACUGGAUUUUAUAAUUGUUGCUCCAAGUCACCCAUAUGAAAGAGAGAGCAGUUUCCUGUGCUGAAAGGUACAGACCUAGCAAUGGGGUGUUUCUUGCUGCCCUGUGACCAGGAUCCAUGUAAAUCUUGCCUUUCAACAACCAACCCCUGAGUUGUUCCACUUCACCUGGGUUGUACUGCUUGUCAGCACCUGUCUUAAGUGUCUGCCCUCCCUCCAGGAUGAUGACUGCCUGGUGCUGUACUGCCAGGAUUUACCUUACCAGCUUAAGGUCCCUUACUGUUAGGAAAAGCUUGGCCUGUCUGAGAUGGGGUAGACCUGGCACAUUCCCACUUGACGAAAAACUUAGCUGCUUUAAAACUCAGCUCUUGGCCAAGACCACUCUGGCAUGCUGGGGAAUCACAGAGCUGUCACUUGGUGCGAAGUGCCAGGAAGCUCCAAAUAAAUGUACCCAAAUAAAAGGGGCCUUACUCUCCAAGCCUGUUGGAGAGAAGCCUUCAGGUGGAUUCUUCUGGCAUCUUGGUUUUUCCUUUCGCCUGGGACUCCGGGCUUGUGUUCUCUUGUUGAAGUUUGGCCCCCUGAUUCUGCUUUAUCCCUGGACCUACCUGUCUUCAGGUUUCACAUCUCUCUGGCUUCAACUUCUGCUCAAAGCCACAGAGUCCUCAGGCCCCACCUUUAUCAAACUGGGUCAGUGGGCCAGCACCAGGAGGGAUCUCUUCUCUGAAGAGUUCUGCGCAAAGUUUUCCAAGCUUCAUGUAAAGGUAAGCUCUCAUCCCUGGGGUCACACCAAGCAGGCACUUUGGAGAGCAUUUGGGGAAAACUGGAAGAAAGUCCUCAAGUUUAAAAGUAAGGAACCUAUUGGCUCUGGCUGUGUUGCCCAGGUAUAUAAAGCAUAUGUUGAUGCCACUGCUAUUGAUGAUCCACAGUUUGAAGAACUAGUCAGGAGCUCUGAAUCAGAAUCGGCUCUGGAAGCCUGGGAGGUAUCUGGAUUUCAGGGCAUCUUCAGGUGGUGCUGGAAGAAGUGUGGAAAGAUGCUGAAAGAAAGCAAUGCAGAGCAGCUGCUUCAGGACAGUUCUCAUGGAGACACUAGUAGGACUGCUACCUCUAAGAAGUCGGUGACUGGAUCUCAGCUGACUACCAACACCUUACCCCCUGUUGAUAGUUCCAAGGAGAUGGCUCACUUUAUUCCUGUAGCCAUAAAAGUCCUGCAUCCUGGACUAGUCCAUCAGGUCCAGAUGGAUCUGUUCCUGAUGAAGAUGGGCAGCCAGAUCAUUGAGCUUCUCCCUGGAUUCAAGUGGCUCAGCUUGACUGAAAUAUUGGAGGAGUUUGAGAAGCUUAUGAUUUACCAGUGCUUAGAAAUGGAUUUCUUGAGGAUCUGCCCCUUGAUCUUUUCAGCGACACAGACAGACCUACGCUACGAAGCUAAAAACUUGGAGCGCUUCCAACAAAAUUUCCUGGACAUGGAUUUUGUGAAGUUCCCAACUCCCCUUCGCCCCUUUGUGACAAGAAACAUCCUGAUGGAAACAUUUGAGGAGAGUGAACCCAUCUCCCAGUAUCUGCACACAGAGGUUGACCCUGAGCUGAGGCAGAGAAUUGCAAAGAUGGGUAUGGAUAUGCUCCUAAAGAUGGUGUUUAUUGAUAAUUUUGUCCAUGCUGACUUACAUCCUGGAAACAUACUGGUCCAGGGUGCAAAGCAUUUCGGUGCUACCCGCAGGGAUCAAACCACCAUUGUGGAUGUGUGUGACACGCUCAUCGUAGAAGUGCGACCUUCCCUUUGUCAGCUCCGUCUGGUGCUGCUGGAUGCAGGGGUUGUGGCAGAGCUGCAGGAAGCUGAUCUGCAGAACUUCAGGGCAGUUUUCACUGCUGUGGCACAGGGACAGAAACACCCACAGCACACUGACCCUCCCUCUUCUCCCACUGGGAACUGUGGAGAGCAACCAGCAAGGAAAGCAGCUGAUCUGUCUCUGCCAGAUUUCCACCAGGGGGAGAGAGUGGGAGAGUUGAUCCUUCACCAUGCUCGGGCUAACCAGUGUAAGGACAUAGAGAGAUUCAAAGCUGAAAUGGCAGAGCUGGUGACCAAGGCCAGGAUGAACACCAUAGCCCUGGGAAAGCUUCAAGUAGCAAAUCUGCUUUCCAACGUCUUUAAGUUACUGAUGACCCACAAGGUGAAGCUUGAGAGCAACUUUGCUUCGGUUGUCUUUGCCAUCGUGGUUUUGGAAGGGCUUGGUCGCUCGCUGGACCCCAAACUGGAUAUCUUGGACGAGGCUAAGCCACUUCUCAUCAAAACAGCAGCAGCUCUCUUAAAAUAGCAGUGACCACUGGAGUUGGCGUUCCAUUGUUG